UAAUUCCGUCCAUUUUCAUCCCUACCAACGGCAGCGACGAGCACGACGGCCUGGUUGAUCGAGUCGUCUCCACCGCCGCACCGACCAUGUCCUCCUCCGGCGCCGGCGAGGGCUCGUCGUCGUGGUCGUCUCGGCAGGGGAAGGAGAGGGAGGCGGACGGCGCCGGCGAGAGGCGCCGGGAGGAGGGGGGUGAGGCGGCGGAGGGGGAAUUGGAUUUGGGCGACCUCUACGGCGCGGCGGCGGGGUGGGUGGAGGCGCGGACCAGCUGCCCGCACCUCGGCACCAUGCCGCCCGCUGGUGCUGACGACCUCGCGCGCGUGCCCCCGCCAGACUCGUCGUGCUCCAGAUGUCAUCACCCUGCUGAAAACUGGUUGUGCUUGAUCUGCAAAGAUGUGUUGUGCAGUCGUUUUAUCAACAAACAUAUGUUGUGCCAUUAUCAAGAAACAGGUCACUGUGUUGCUCUGAGCUUCAGUGAUCUGUCAGUUUGGUGUUUUGCCUGUGACUCAUACCUAGAUGUUCAAGCCAUUUUAGAACUGCAUCCAGUCUACGAAGUUGCACAUUUGUUGAAGUUUGGAGAGCGUCCACCUUUUCGGUCACUUGACGUACUGGAUUUGAGCAGCGGAGAAAAUGGAAGUUCAUCAUCAAGAGCUUAGUUCUCUAUAUUCUGUUACUGAGUUUUCUUUUCAUGAUGCUUCAAUCAGAUUCAGACAGGCAGUUGUCUGUUUUAUAACCUGGCACUUAAGCUUCGGUGCAAUAUAAGUCAGCUGAGUGGCCCUGUUUUUUUCCUCUUUACUUUCGGUUAGUACGUUAUAACAACUCAAGACUUCCUUAGAUAGCCAUCGUGAUGUGGUUCGUUGUGUUGAACUUGAACAUGAAGCAAAGUGUAAAAGUCUGCCCACCUCUGAAGAUGAUAAAGGCAUUAUAGUUGCUUUGA